GCGAGAGCUAUUCAAAGGCACAACUUUACCUUUAACAUCGCGGGAAAUGUCUUCGCGGCAUGUAGCUGUUACGUUUUCGCUGCUGGCAUGAAAACCACAAGGAUCCAAAUGCUAUCAAAACAGCUACAAUGCAGUGCAACGCUUUGAUAGGUUUCUUCGAUUGAUAUUGCUAUCAUAUAUAAAAAUACUGUUAAAGCAAUGAUGUCAGAUACCUGCACAGGGUCUGCAGGAGCCAUAAAGGCAAUUGACAAGCAGGCUGUACAUCAGAUCUGUUCAGGGCAGGUCGUCCUGAGCCUGUCCACAGCUGUGAAGGAACUGGUGGAGAACAGUAUUGAUGCUGGUGCCACUAAUGUCGAUGUGAGGCUAAAAGACAGUGGAACAGAGUUAGUGGAGGUGUCUGACAAUGGAAAAGGCGUUGAGGAGGCAAACUUUGAAGGACUUACUUUAAAACAUCACACCUCUAAACUAAGAGAUUUUUCUGAUCUGAUACAUGUGGAGACAUUUGGAUUUCGUGGUGAAGCCCUCAGUUCACUGUGUGCUCUUAGCGAUCUUAGUGUCGUUACUUGCCACGAGAAUGCUCUGAUCGGAGCUCGGCUGGUGUUUGACCACGAUGGUCGUCUCACUCAGAAUGUACCCCAUCCCCGUCAGCAUGGCACAACUGUCACGCUUCAGAAGCUCUUUUCCACGCUACCUGUUCGACACAAGGAGUUCCAGCGCAACAUCAAAAAGGAAUAUGCCAAAAUGGUUUAUGUCCUGCAGUCCUACUGCAUCAUCUCCACUGGUGUGCGUAUUACAUGCACAAACCAGAUUGGGCAAGGCAAGCGCUCCACCGUACUGUGCACCAGUGGGAGUAACAGCAUGCGGGACAACAUUGGAGCUGUUUUUGGCCCAAAGCAGCUGCAGAAUUUGAUUCCCUUCAUACAGACAUCUCCCUCUGAAUCAGUACAAGAAGACUAUGGACUUAGUGGGGUAGAGGUUCCAAAAAACCUUUUCACCAUUGAGGGGUUUGUGUCACAAGCUGAUCAUGGUGUUGGUCGAAGUGCUACAGACAGACAGUUCUUUUUCAUUAAUAAAAGACCCUGUGAUCCAGUGAAGGUCUCCAAAGUUGUGAAUGAAGUGUAUCACAUGUACAAUAGGCAUCAGUACCCUUUUGUUGCUCUAAACAUUUCUGUUGCUUCAGAUUGUGUCGAUGUGAACGUCACUCCAGACAAACGUCAGAUUCUUCUACAAGAGGAAAAACUCUUACUGGCUAUUCUGAAAAGCUCACUCGUUGCUAUGUUUGAGACUGGUGUCAAUAAAAUCAGUUUCAAUCACAUACCUUCACCAAUUACUACUCUGUGCAGACCUACAAGUGCAGUUUCAGAAGAUCGGGACACAGGUUGUGUUUCUGAAGCAAUUCAGGAUGAUGUCUCUGAGCCACCUAUUUGCAGCCCAAAGACUUCCAUCAAUUUAGCUGGACUUAAAGCAGCAUUUUCCAACCAUCAGGCUCCUGGAAAUGGGUCAAUGCAGUCUAGUCAUAAAGCUCUUUGUGUUGGUCCAUCUCAAAAGAAGAUGUUUUCUUUUGUCAGCUGCUCUAAAAAAAUGACUGACAGUAUUAGACAGCCUCUGAAAUCUCUUUCUUCAUCUGUAAAAAGUUCUGCAGGUUGUCUAGACAAAUUUAAAAGCACCUUUCAUAGUGAUGCAGACCAAACGUCUACCAAAUACGAUCCAGAGAUUCGAAAUGGAUGCAAUUCUGAAUCUGUUUCGCCAGACUGUAUUAUGGAUGAGACUGAUGUUAAAACAGAGAUUGCUAAUGAAGCUGUGGAUACAGAGUUCAGGAGGUAUGAACCUUUGGUGCCAAAGUCAGAACAUGAGGACAGAACCUCCAGUCCUGAAGCUAAAAGAGCUAGACGUGAAGAUGACACUCAAGCACAAAGCUAUAUGUUGGAAUACAAAAACAAGCCUGCUUUUCUGGAGUUGGUAGAUUCACCUGUUAGCAUACAGAAGAAAAUAGUGCAUUUAAAGUUUUCUCUUGAGGAGCUUUUUAAAAGGAUGCAGAAGCUAAAGGUACAGAAGAGCGAGAACAGCGAUGAGCUUAAAUACAGACGGUUCAGGGCAAAGAUCAACCCUGGAGAAAACCAAAGUGCUGAGGAUGAGCUUAAGAAAGAAAUAAGCAAAGAUAUGUUCAAAGAGAUGAAAGUUAUAGGUCAGUUCAACCUGGGUUUUAUUAUCACCAAGCUAAAAUCAGACCUUUUUAUAAUCGACCAGCAUGCCACAGAUGAAAAGUACAAUUUUGAGAUGCUGCAACAGAAUACUGUCUUAAAGGGACAGCGCCUUAUAGUUCCACAAAGUCUUCAUCUCCCUGCCAUCAGUGAAACGGUGCUCAUAGAAAACAUUGAAAUAUUCCGAAAAAAUGGAUUUGAGUUCCUUAUUGAUGAAGAUGCUCAGGUUAUGGAGCGGGUGAAGCUGGUUUCUUUACCAACAAGUAAAAAUUGGACUUUUGGCCCAAAUGACAUUGAGGAACUUAUCUUUAUGCUUAGUGACUGUCCUGGAAUCAUGUGUCGCCCUUCACGCAUACGGCAGAUGUUUGCGUCCAGGGCGUGCCGCAAAUCAGUGAUGGUUGGCACUGCCCUGAACACCAGUGAGAUGAAGAAACUUGUGGUUCACAUGGGGGAAAUUGAACAGCCGUGGAACUGUCCUCACGGCAGACCCACCAUGAGACACCUUGCCAAUCUUGAAAUGAUUUCUGUGGACUGAAACCAUGUUGCUUGGUUUGUUUGUUAUUUUAAUGACUACCAAAUUUGUUUUAAUAAAGGAUUUUUUUUAUUUUUAUUUUAAUAUUAGUAAAUAAAUAAAAUUUAUAAUGAGUG